AUGAGAGAUGUUGGAUGGCGGAACAGUGGACCUGGGAAACACUUUACUACUGAAGGCGAAACUAGUGGUUAUUCACUGGCGUUCAAAGAAGAGAAAACUACAAUCUUUCAGCAGCUUAUCGCAGGAGGACGAAGAAGGUCUGAUGCAACCAUUCUCAAGGCUACAGCGGAAGCACCAAAGAGAAUCAGUCUUCUUGAUUAUCCAUUGGAGGAGGUCACACCAAAGCAGGCUUACCAGAAAAACACAGAAGCUCUCAAACCCUCAGCUUCAGCUGUGUUGGGGACUCGGCCAACUUUCGGAGCAAAUAAGAGAAAGCGCACAGAACCACUAUCUGAUAUCUCUGAUAUGUGGGAGUAUUCCUGA